AUGUCUGCGCAAGAUCAUAACGAGAACUUUAAGCUGGAGAAUGUCUUCAGCGUCAGGAAUAGAGUUGCUCUUGUCACCGGCGGCGUCUACAUUACCGGUCGCACCGGCGAGAAACUUGGCCGUGUUGCGGAGCUGUAUUCCAAAGACAUCCCGGGACAGAUUAUUCCCAUUGCUGCCGAUGUCACCUCAAAACAGUCUAUCCAGCGAUUAGUGGAUGAAAUCUCGGCCAAGGAGAGCAAAUUGCACAUCUUGGUCAACAACGCUGGUAUCAGCUCUUCGACUCGGAACACAGAGCUGGAAGAUCCCAAGCAGCUCCAACAAGAGCUAUUCAAGAACGAAGACUCCAUUGAAGAAUGGGAAGAAGUAAUGCGGACAAAUGUGACGCAACUGUUCUUCACAACGACCGCGUUUCUUCCAUUGCUUAACAAGGGCACUGUCGAGGAGCACGGUUGGUCCAGCACGGUCGUGAAUAUCUCCUCGAUUUCUGGUCUUGUCAAGUCCUCUCAGCAUCAUUUCGCGUAUAACUCGAGCAAAGCGGCCGCUGUGCAUCUAACUAAAAUGCUUGCGCACGAGGUGGUCACAUCCAAUCUCAAGAUUCGUGUCAAUAAUAUUGCCCCGGGUGUCUUUCCAUCGGAAAUGACCACCGAGGGUAGCGAUGAAAAACAGAAGAGCAAUAUCCCCAAGGAGAAGUUUGAGGGCAAAGUUCCAGCUGGACGCCCAGGCAAAGACGAAGAUAUGGCCGGGGCCAUUCUCUUUACUACAUCGAACCAGUACCUCAAUGGGCAGACUAUUGUGGUUGAUGGUGGAUAUUUGCUGGCAACUGGCUCUGUCUAG